GUACUGCAGCAAACGAGCUCUGUACUGUGAGCUCGAUUCCCGAUGAGUGCUGAGUGCUUUGCUGGCGCGCGCGUUUGUAUGUGUGUGUGGUGGAAAUACGGGAAAUACAAGCGGAAGGGGUAGAAAGUCGCGAGAUCUGACACUCCCGGCACAGGCUCGGCUCAGAACUCGGAUGCCCAGGGUCUAGUGCGCUUUCCCUCCUAAUGCGGUCUCGAGCCUUCCGCACUUAGCCGGUCAUUCUCUCGAGCGCGGGGACAUUCGCAUACCGUCGGUUUCGGUUGUUUGUCGACCGCGGCACUAGCUGUCAAUUUCAUCCUCCGCGAGUGUGGGUGUACUUUAACACUUUGCGUGCUCGUGUGUUUGUGUGUGUGUGGGUUCGUAUGUGUAUGUGUGCCUUUUUUCUGAGACAAAGUUUAAUUACGGCAUGAGUUUGCACCACGCGCACUGUGUCAAUUACAUUACAUCUUCGUUAAGCUGGCUGCGGGCAGCGUGACGUUUGAGAAGUGAACAACUUCACUGCAAAAGUUAGUUGUGUGACGUUUUGACAGACACGCAUGUUCACAGUUCGCGUACAGUAGUUGAGUUGAGUAAAUUGUGCCGAAGUUUUGUGAAGAAACACACGGUCGAGGAUGCAAAUUGGUGAGCAAGGUUUUGCUGCCUACCAAACUCCACUCUCUCGCAACGUUCGCUCGCUCUUUCUCUCAUUAUUGGCCGUUUGCGUGCUUGACUGUUUACGGGUGUGUGUGUCCUUUGCAUUAUUUUGUUUAAACCCGUCCAUGAGUGGCCCAUCGACAGUGUGCUCCAGUGUAGUUCAAGCUAGUGUCCAGACCCUGAACGUGGCGCAUUCGGGAGUGGUGUCAAUAUCAGCCUUCAAAAAGGAACCAUUUCCCUACCCCAAGUUCCAAUUUCUUUUAUUUCCUCCUCCCUCUUUACGAACGUCCUCGGCAAAAAACUAAUCCACCUCCAAUAAAGCUCCCCAUUGCUCUGGCUCCAAAAACAGUCCGUGUUCAUUGUAUCCACAGUGUAAAGUGUGUUUGUGUGUGUGUGUCCCUCUUUGUAUCCCCGAGUGUGUGUGUGUUUCGGUGCAGUGAAUUUCAGUGUGUUGUGCACAGGGAUAUCGUCCGUUCGGUUGCGACACGUCGCACGGCAGUUAUAGGCCGAGGCCGACACAGUGUCCGGAUAGCUGAAUGUCCCUGCCAGCCGUAUCGCUGGUCACGAAAGCCCAAGAUUGCCUACCGCAAAGCGACGAAAGGUGCGCGCGACUUCAUCUCUGCCACCGCCGCCACCGGGGGAAAAUCGAUUCCACCGCAAUCGCAAUCCCUUGUAUAUACCGCGUGUGUGGGCUCCCACUUCUGACCGAUACACGUGCGCGCACCCGCCAGUGGUGAAGCUUAAGAAGAAGAAGAAGAAGAAGCGGCGGUUUUGGUUCGGGAGCGCCACCAGUACUGCGGGCGCUUUUAAGGCUGCAGGUUCGUUGCUGUCGGUGGGCUGGAAACAGUUUUGGGCGAUAGGAACGGUUCCUCGCAGUACUGCGGUAGCGGCCUCAACCUGGAUUCCUUCAUCAUCAACGGUGGUGGUAAUCAACGAUACGCGAACUUCCCCGGCCUCAACAAGGUGUUCCUGGGCGCGCUGCAGCGAUGAUGAAAUGGCAGUAAAUGAAAUGUGACAAAGUUGUGGUUUCAAAAAUUCCUCCCCUCAAUCGCAAAGGGGGCAACGUUCCAGUACACCAGCAAGUGCAAUUACUUUUUUUUUCCGGCCGAGCGUAUUGCAUCACGAAAGCCGAAAGUGAGCUGAAAGUUUUGUACUCCUCACCAAUACACACAUACACACAGACAUAAACCGGGCACGGAUUGCCCUUUGGUUUCAGAACGGCAAAAAAGCUCAUUCCGCCAUCGCCGCUCGUUCGUUAACCUCGCCUCGGGAGGGGUUGGUGCUGGUGCGGUCGUUCCAGUUCCACCGCAAAGCCAAACUAGCUAACAAACAAGCGUGAUACGGUUACGACCCCACACCGGUUGUGCCUUCCCUGCGUGUCGCUGUGCGAGGUUGUUAGAUUCGUCGUACCCGAGGCCUUUUGGGCUGUGCGGGUGCUGCAAGAGUGCGGAAAUAAAGUAACGAAAUCGCGUGUGAUUGCACCUGCACAGGCCUGUGUCUGUGUGGCCUUCCCGAUUGUCCGACCUAGCCGGCCCCAAACCCAAGUCGCACAAAUGUUGAGCAGCGAUCAGCAGCAGCGGCAGUAUGCGGCGGUACAGCGGCCGGACAGUGGGCAACCGCAAGCCGGUGGCAACCACUCGUCGGCGGAAACCUCGCCCGGCCACAGUAACGCGACGGGCAGUGACUUCUUCAUCUUCGACGAGCUCAGCUCGGCACUGACUGAUGAGCGAAACAAUGGCCACAAUCAUCAUCAGCAGCAGCAGCCGCUGCACCUCUACCAACCGUCGCCGUCUGCCAACGGAAGCAGCCCGGCUAGCUCCAGCAACUCUGGCAGCACCAACAGCUUGCUAAGCAAUGGCGACAGUCUAAUGGCACGAAUCAAUCAGCUCAAUCAGCAGCAGCAACAGCAGCAACAGUACGGUGGCGGGAGAACCCGUUCACCCCCGACCGGUGCAACAGUGCCGGUCGACGGCAGCACAAUAGGAGUGGUGGCGUCCUCGCCCACAAAUACCGGUCAGCAACAGAUACCGGUCAGCAACUCCCUUGCACAACAGCACCAGCACAUGCUUGCCGCGUCCGUCGCGCUAGGCCGUGGUGGUGGUGCAUCCUUUGCGCAACGCGGCCCGAUUGAUGCCACCGAUGGCACAACGGCGAGCAUCCAGCAACAGCAGUAUGGUGGCGGUGGUGCUGGUGUACCACAGUUCCACAACAGUUUUGCACAUACUGGACACCAUCAGCAACAGCAGCAGCAGCACAAAGCGGCCUUUUAUCAAAGUCAGCAGCAGCACCAGCAGCAUCAUCUUCACCAUCAGCAGAACAUACAACUGAGGCCAGGUUUCGGUAAGUCCCCCGAUGCGCACAUUGAUCCCAGCAGGACGGUCACACAACUGAACCACGCAAUGGAACUGUUCGAAGCUACGGGAACUACCACCGCCACCACUACCACAGCUACCAAUGGCGGCGGAGACAACUAUCACUUCAAGACGCUGGUACCGUCGGUCGCGGCCGGUGCCAUCAUCGGCAAGGGCGGCGAAACGAUCGCCUCGCUACAGAAGGAUGCCGGUGCCCGGGUGAAGAUGUCCAAGGCGCACGACUUCUAUCCCGGUACCACCGAGCGUAUCUGUCUCAUUAGCGGCACGGUCGAGGGCAUCCUGGCCGUGCUCGAUUUUAUCACCGACAAGAUACGCGAGAAGCCCGACAUUACCAAAGCGCUCACCGAGGCGGACGCGAAGCAGGCCCAGGAGCGCGACAAGCAGGUCAAGAUACUGGUGCCGAACACGACCGCGGGCAUGAUCAUCGGUAAGGCCGGUGCGUACAUCAAACAGAUCAAGGAGGAGUCCGGCUCCUACGUGCAGAUCUCGCAGAAGCCGAAAGACCUGACGCUGCAGGAGCGCUGCAUCACGAUCAUCGGCGAGAAGGAGAACAACCGGAUUGCAUGCAAGAUGAUCCUGGCCAAGAUCGUCGAAGAUCCCUCAUCCGGCACCUGCUUGAACGUAUCAUACGCAGACAUCAACGGACCGGUGGCCAACUUCAACCCCACUGGUUCGCCAUUCGCCGCCUCACAGAAUCCCAAUUUCAGCUCGAGCACCGCCUCACUCAACUCCGCCAUCAGCGGGCCGCUGCCGAAUGCGGCGGCCACCGGUUUGCUGGUCAACGGCACCGGGCUCAAUCUGUCAUUAAACCUAGGUGCACCAUCACCACAGACUAAUCCUACCGUUACCACACAAUUGCUUGAUCAUAUUAAGAGUGCCAUGAGACAGUCCGGCUACUCGGACACGGCCACGGCUGAGGUGCAUGCCGCGCUCGGUGUGCUGGCAAAGUAUGGCGUCCUGGGCAUCGGUGUCGGGCUGCAGAACGGUACGCACUCGACCACGCUCGGCUAUCUGGGCAUGCCGGAGAUGCAACAGUCGUCGGCGGCGGCGGCAGCCGCUGCCUCGGCCGCCACCGGCGUGUACGGUGCCGUCGGUCAGCUCAACCUCGACUCGUACCUGCACGGGGCGGGCACGGCGACGCCUCGCACUACCGCCAUCGAUCGCUACGAUCCGACCACGUUCGAUCCGUUCCGGCAUCCGGGCACGCAGGCGGCGACCCCGAUCUCGAUCAACAACAAUGCGUUCGGGCUCGGCAACCCGAGCGCCCUGAACGCGGCCGCCCAAACGCUCGGCUCGCUCAGCAAGAGCCCGACCCCGGCCGAGAUGACCACGAGCAAGGAGAAGAACGUCGAAAUCCCGGAAGUGAUCGUAGGUGCCAUCCUCGGACCGGCCGGGCGCAGUUUGGUCGAAAUUCAGCACAUAUCCGGCGCGAACAUUCAGAUCUCGAAGAAGGGCAUCUUUGCGCCGGGCACGCGCAACCGGAUCGUCACCAUCACCGGCCAGCAGAACGCGAUCAACGUGGCGCAGUACCUAAUAGAGGAGCGCAUCAGCCAGGAGGAGACGAAGCGGGCGUGCCAGACGGCGGCCAAUGCGGCGGCCACCAACAAAACGUCGGCCGCGUCGGUCGCCACCGUAACGCAAUAGGGGUGCCGGACGGCAACGGGAGCAGUAGUAGCUGCAGCCGCCGCCGCCGCCGUCACGCCCAGCCGCCUAGCCGCGUUCGCUAGUCCUCCGCCCAAGAGCCGCCUGCAGUCCGCGAUUGACGAGUUUAAGGCAAACAUUCAUCUGUACGUAGCGCAUCCUUCAAUCUGAAUCCCGUUUUGCGAGGGAGCGUUGGGAGCGUCCCACUGCGAGGGCACCAGAACCCGUUGGGAGUAUAGGAGAAGUGUGAUAGAGGAAGAGGAGGACGUGGAAGAGAGCGAGAGAAUGUGUGUGCGUGCGGUGCACGGGAGGCAGGAAGGAAACAAAAAAACAAAACAAAUACAGCAAAGGAAGACAUAUUACAGUGUAGGGACAUAUUAGAAGCGAGUUUCGUUUAACGUUAGUGUAACCACUAAUCCACUCUUCGAGCGAGCGAGAAGGGGAGAGAUAGAGAGACGCGUCCGCUAAAUUCAGUUUCAGAACGGGCGAAGAGUGAAUGUCUGCGUGUGCGUGUGUGUGUUUCGUUUUUAGGGCAAAAAAAGUUGUUUCUCGUUGUACACGUACAUCGUUUCAUUCGUACACUUUGUUGUUAGAUUUUAAUUUUUGCGACUCCACCGCCCGCUCUACCACUUCACUUCGUUUCGUUUACGAUGGGGCGGCUAUGUUUGCUCCGCCGAUUGAAGGCUGUGCGGGCAGCAAAGUAAACAAAAAGGAUAAUAUAUAGCGUUAAUAUUCAAAUUGAUUAUGUGAGCGAAGGUAAAAGGGGAAAACAAAUCACAGUAAUAAUCGUACAAUGGGCGUAAAAAGAAGAAGAAGAAGAAGUAGCAGUUGGAAAAAAACAAAUUAUCAAGAACAAGAGUAAACUUGAAAUGAUUUCGCGUUGUGAUAGCGAACAGAGAAACGCCUCGGUCGUUUGAAGACGUAAUUGGGGGUAGUAGUAGAAAGGCUGGGUAACAAAAACAAAGCGUUUAGGUAAAUAUGAAAUGGGUGAAAACACCCAAAAAAAAAACAUACACAUUCACACAAUGCAAAACACACACACAUACACACAAUUUAUUACAAACUACAGCUAUAGGAAAUGUGAAUGGUAAACUAUUGUGUAAUUGUUAUUUUACUAGAUAAAUUUUGUUGCGCGCUAGAAUGGACGCGGGAUAAGCAAACGUCUAAAACAAAACCCCACACAUACAUACACACGAAGUCGUACAUGUAUAAAGAAAUUUUAACGAAGGAAUGAGCUACAGACAGCAACAAAAAACACAAUAUGGAAAGUUAGAAAACAAAAGUUUCACCCUAAUCCUGUGCAACUUCCCGUGUAGCGGAUAAAACUAAACGAAAACAAAGCAUAACAUCACACACAAACAUAAACAUCACACAUCGGAUUGCGAUCACGGGAUGGGACGGGACGCAGGGCAAAGAGAUCGAUAAACACUUUAAUGCAUGUGUGGUUAGGGCGUGGUACGCCACACUGCAAGGCACCCGCCGUAGUAGUAAGAAGGACCAUUUAAUUAGUAGUUAAACAUGUUACCCCUCUCCAAGUUAUAUAUAUAUAUAUAUUUUUUUUUUUUUUUGGUUUGCGUCGAUCGGACAGGAAACCAAUCUUCCUUCCCUUUCCGUUCAAGUUUCGCUCAAAGCGUACCAACCAGCUCGUGCGGGAUGGGAGGGGGAAAAGCCCUCCGAAAAGCGCUUCAUUUGCAUCACACUUUUCAAACGAUUCUCUUGUUUGUUCGUUAUGCGAUCUCUGCUGCUGCUGAUCGCCGCUUACGAUGCCAGUCAUACACGUUUUUGUUUUAAAUAGAAUGUAGGCCGUUAAUUCAAUACCAAAAAACAUAAAUAAGCAUCACCGAUCGAUCAAGCGCAUCGAGACACAUCAUACAGUACGCGCAUGGGUUGUUUCUGUUACUUUAUUUGUUUUUUUUUUUUGUUACACGUUUAUAUUAUUUCCCUAGUGUGCCCGAUUCGAAGACACUGUUAAAGGCCCGCUGAUACAGUGGGCCGUUUCCCCAUUCGCUGAGUUUUAAGAAAAUGUAAAGACUCCCACAUCCCACAUCAUCAACACUUUCGCAACCCAUCGUCAUACCGUAAUUGCUUCACACUCGAUUGUUUGCUCGAUCGAGCAUAGCCACCCGCAGUCAUAAAACUCCCCCACCCAGAACAACCAGCUAGUGUCGACACUAGCUCCUAGUACAGCGGGUUUUGUUUGUAAUUUGGUAGUUACUUUUAUUAAUCUAUAUCGUUCUUAUUAAUUCGUUCUAAAAACAGAGCAGCAGCGAACGCUAUUAGAACGCUCCAAGGGAAGCGUCGGGACAUGUGGAAUAUAGGGAAUGGGAAAGGAAAGUUACAAGCCUGUACAAGCGCGAUGGUAUCCGAACACGCAUGCCGUGGUACGGAUUGGUUUGAGCGUAUCGAUUGUUUUUUUUUUUUUUUUGUUUAGUCGGGACAUUAUUCUAGUGACUUAGCAGUAUAAGUUUAACAGUAGCAUACGUGUUUUUUCCGUUGCUUUCAUUCUUUAUCUAUCGCGUAACACGCAUACGCAACUUUGCCUAAAUGUCGCAAUCUACACGGAACACUUGUGUUUUUUUUACGCAGGAGUCCGUCAUUUGGUCAAGGAUAAAGCAUCAUUGAUUCCUGUUACUUUACUUCACCCACAAACCCAGCGGUGAUCCAGGCCUAAGAAUUUAUUUCUCACUUCCAACGGCUCGUGUACGAUUUGCAUGCUUUAUAACCGUUACCGUAAUGUUUAGUUAACGUAACUUAGAAAGAUAGGAAAGGAAAGGGGCGUAGGAAAAGGGUAUUGGUUCUUCCAUGCAGCAAAGGGGGCAGGAGGGGAGGAGGAGGGGGAGGGAGCGUUUAAUCAAAACAAAAGCGAGGAUCCGCACCGUUUUCCCAGCGCAUGUAGGGCGCGCGCGUGUGUGCAAUAGGUUUUACCCCUUUGUUUUAUCGAUGCAAUCGUUCAUAUCUAUCUUACAUUUGUUUGUAUGCGCUACUACAGAUGUGUAUUUCUUUUUCACAAACCAUCACACAAAUAAGCAUGUUUUAUCUCAAUUUGUUUCCGCUUUGCUUGUGGCAGCAACUAGAUGACGCUUCACGAGCAAAUGCUAGGCGUUUAGAAAUAACCCGUGUGAUGAAAGGGAAAGAAUUAUCUCUCUCUCUCUCGUAAGAUCAACCUACAAAAAAGACGUACCAUCACCAAUUGGCACAGAAACUAGUGCUCUUUUGCCCGUACACAAAGUAGGAAAACGCUCAAAGCAGGAGAAAGCAACGAGAAGGAUAACAACAGAAAAAAAGCAACAGAGAACAGUUUGCUAUAAAGGAGACAUCUGGAGAAGAGGAAAGUGUGAGAACCGAUUUAAGACAUGUCGAACUAUUAUGUGCCACCUAUAUCGAGAUACACACGUUUACGGUGUGUUUGUAAGUCUGAGUGCUUGGGGCCAUCUUCCACUGAAUGUGCCGUCUUUUCUUUGGUAAAUCAACUCAAAAGCCUUGCUCCAUAUCCUUACUCGUGUGACCCAAAUUUGCCUCUCCUGCGGUGUUUUUCCCUACCUUGUGUCUGGGUGGAUCUCCUGUGCGUGUCAGGACGCCUGUUUCUGUUGCAUCUGUAACAUCUGUUUUGCACUAUUUAAAUUCGCAAACUGCUGAUCACACAUCCCGCCACCACGGUUUGUGCAACGAAUGUGGUAUGGUAUGGUGUCCUACAUUUGGGCAACAGCCCGUGCACUCUAGGGAAAGUGGGCACGGAACGAACGUUGAAAAGACACGGGUACCGAGAGGGAAAUGUAGGGGCAAGGGGUUACAUAUACACACUUACACAUCGUACACGUUAAGCUGUUAUAGUGUUGUAAAAUAAUUAUUAAACGCAAACAUUGAUACAUUUCUUCAUUCAGUUACCAUGCCGCUUGACAGUAAGAAGCUAAUGAUGCUCCUGGCGGGGGAGAAGGGUAGGCAAAUUGUUAGUGUAGUGAAUCCUUACGACGGGUUUACAGUUUUUUUGUUCUUCUUCUUCUUCUUCUUCUUAUUGGGGUGGUAGUAUUCGAUACAGCUCCAGCACAUCGACACAUAAGAUUUCUAGUUACAAAACCCCUUGUAUGUAGUGGUCAAACAGUCAAACGCCUGUGAUGCGUGGCACACAUGGCACACAUAAACGUAAACGUAAUAUUACAACUGCAUACAACCUUCCCCACAGUCUCCCACACCUUUCCUACCCCAUUAUAUGUGCAUGCAUACACUCGUAACCCAUCUACUACUAUCUACUACUGUGUUAUGUUUUAUUCAAAGUUUAUCUAUAUUUAUAGUGCAAAUGAAAGCGGCAAACACGACGGGUUUUAGGGCCCUAUCGAUUAACCAUUACACAAAACAAAACAGGAAGACCCUAAAACAAAUAAGCGGGAAGGUAAAAGUAAGCGAAAGUUUAAAAAGAAACAGACAGGAAAAAAACAGCGUGGCAAGAUAACAAAAACUAGAAAAUAAAGAUAGAAAGGAAGGCAGGUCGCGGGCGGAAGUAGAAGAUUAAUAAAUUGAAAUGGAUUGAAUGAACAGUAAAGCGCUGUUUUGGUGUUUGCAAAACGUGACGAGUGGACCGUAUAACAUCAAACAGCACGCCAACAAAAGCAGAGUGAAGUGAAGAAAGUAAGCGAGGAAACAACCCAAAACAAAACAAAAAAGAGGGAAAGGAAAUGAAAAGGGAGUCACUCCCACAAUGGUAGAAGGUUUUAAGAAUGAAAUUAAGCGAAAAUACACAGAACAUUACGAGACAAAUUAA